AAACAAGCCUGAGUGUUCAGCAACUGGAACCUGGCGAGCGGAGCCACGAUCACCCACUCCGCGAGCGGGCAGCCAACGUCCCGCUGCCUGCAGCGAUGGACAUGGAGAAGGUCAACUCCAUGGGCUUCGGAGAGUUCGUGGACGUGUUUGGGAAUGUCAUUGAGAGAUGCCCUCUGAUUGCAGCUGCUGUUUGGUCCCAGCGCCCGUUCUCUGACUUGGAAGACUUGGAAAAGCACUUCUCUGCCUUUAUUGAUGCGCUGCCACAGUCAGGCCAGGAGGGCAUCCUGCGCUGCCACCCGGACCUGGCGGGACGCGAGCUGCAGCGGGGCGCGCUCACGGCCGAGUCGCAGCGAGAGCAGAGCGCCGCGGGCCUGACGAGCCUGGGCGCGGAGGAGCGGCUCCGGCUGGCGGAGCUCAACGCCCAGUACCGAGCGCGCUUCGGCUUCCCCUUCGUGCUCGCCGCGCGCCUCAGCGACCGGGAGGCCGUGCUCCGCGAGCUGGCGCGCCGGCUGCACCGCCCGCCCGCGCUGGAGCUGCGCGCCGCCCUGGGCGAGGUGAAGAAGAUCGGCCGCCUGCGGCUCGCCGACCUCGUCGGCGCCGACCCCUCGCGGCUGUAGCGCCCGGCGCGGGACGCGCGGGGACCGCGACCCUGCAGGGUGCGCCCCCCGCAGGAGGCUGACGCGGGCCCGGACCCGAGUCUACACGCGCGCACGAAGGAGAGGAGAAUGGAGGCGAUCACACCAAUAAUGAGCCCUUUUGUUCACCCCGCCGCCACACUCGCACGCUUUGCCAAAAUGUCUAUGUAGUAUCGUGCCUUGUCCCAUUCAUCUACCUUUGCAGCCCGUUGACACCACCAGCUUUUGUGGUUUCCAAAGCGCUAUCCAGCUUUGGCUACCCACCCUCUCCUGCUAAGCGGAGUUGCCAAGCAAAACUGACGGAAAAGGAAUCUUUUAUUCUAUAGCGGUUUGUCUGUCUGUUCUUCUCUCACUGCACUUGCUGCACAGACAUUUACCUGUGGGUGGAAGCGGCAUUCUCUCCCUAGGGCACCUACAGGAGCCCUGGCAGGGACAGCAAGCACUGAUCUUGGUCUUCGGCGCCAGGGACGUGGCGAUUGGGGACGGUGGGCAGGAGAGGCUGCGAUGGGCAGCGCUGGGAAGGCGCCUGGUGGGGCAAGCGGAGUGGCGGCUGAAGUCUCGGUCGGAAGAGAGGGGUGGGAGUGGGGCGGCUCCAAGCUGGGCAGGCCUGUAGGUCAGGGGUGGGCGGCUUGCCAUCUGUCUUGAAGGUGGGCUCCUCAGAACUUCAGACUGCCUAGGAGACACAGUCAUUUUUA